AUGCAUCACGGGGGAUGUGCUGCGCCUCCCUCUGCGACGGUUGCCACUGCAGCAACAUCACCAGAAGCAGCAGCAGCAGAAGCAGAAGCAGAAGCAGCAGCAGCAGCAGCAGCAGGAGCUCCAGCUGAAGCACCAGCAGCAGCAGCAGCAGCAGCAGCAGCAGCAGCAGCAGAAGAAGAAGAAGAAGAAGAGACGUUGAAGUGUGUGGUGGAUGCAUACCCAUGGAGAACAACACAGCAGCUGGUGGAUGCCGUGCGAGACAUCGGCAGGCGGCUGAUCUGUAUUAUGUAUUUUUCGGACUGA